GCUACUUGUCAAUUGUCAUUUUCAGAUUUGGCAGUGCCAAAACAUUUUUUUGUGUGAAAUUUUUUCCCACCCGCGCCUAGUGACAUUCCCUCUUCAAGUUGGCAACCUGUCGCGCCAAUUCUUAUCGCCAUUGCCUCCUUUGAUUUUUUGCGACAUCAAUUUCACAAAAUGUCCGCAAUGAGCUUCUUCUACUUCUCCGUGUGCCACGUGUGCAAAAUCGAGAGCGCCACUUUGAAAAAAUGCAGCAAAUGCAAGCUAGUCCACUACUGCAGUCAAGAGCACCAGCGGCAGGAUUGGCAGGCCCACAAAGACCUCUGCAAGGUGAUAACCGACACAAGCACGCGGUUCAGGUUCACCGGGCGCAGCCCCACGGCGUUCAACCGGUUCAAGAUCGUCACUGGGGUGCUGUGGCACUUCGAGCUCGGGCGAGACCUCAGCGUGAGCGAGCACGAAAUGUGGAUGUACCCAAAAGUCUGCGCCGUCUGCUACAAGGGUUUGGUGAACAUCGUGUGCACCAAGUGCUGGAGCGUCGUUUACUGCUCCGAAACGCACCGCAUGCUGCACGAGACGCAGCACAAGGAGUUCUGCUCCAAGCUGAAGCUGUGUCUGAAGAUCCACCAGGUGAUGUUCAGCGAAGAGCGGGAGUGGGAGCGGUUGAGUUUUGAUUUUGACGACUCUGUGUUGGAGCUGCCGGAUAAUAUUUGCGACGUCGUGAGGAUGAUAAAGUUUAAGAACGACGUUGACUACUGGAAAAAAGCUUUGGAUUUGAUUCUGAUGACGGAGUUUUUCUGUUCUGCGGUCAAUGUAGUCUACGCUUUGGAGACGUGUAAGUUCGUGGAGAGGCGUAUUGCUAUUAAAACUAAGUUGGUUAUUCAUACUACAACGACUGAGAUUAGCGAGAACACGAGCUGGGGGGUGCUCAUGGAGUUUUUGUCCCACUGGAUUUAUAAUCUGGAAGGGGUUAAAAUUUACGUCGUCAGUACUGCUUUGCACAAAGAGCGACGCUUGUCGUUUAGUCUCAAUUGUGGCGCUUGUAGAGAAAAGCGAUUUAACUCUUCGGUGAUGUUUAUUAAGGCGGAAUAUCACGAAGUUGUUGGUAAAAUUCCUUGCCCCGAUUUGAUCGUUAUGUUUAAUCCAUGUCUCCCGGAUGUGGGUUUGGUUGAGUGGAGUGAAACCGUCCCAAAGCUGCUGGCAUACCAAAACGCCCCCAUCAUUCUCACGUCUUAUACUAUGGAAGAGUUGCAAAAGUCCGUCGGGAAGUUCCCUCCACCAUGGAUCAAGUCCUAUGUCAAACCUCAAGAAAAUCUGUACAGUAGCUUGAGACCUGUCAGGAAUUCCGAGGAGGGGUCUGAUCCUGUUAUCUACCGCAACAAUUUCGUCUCAAUUAUUGCCAAAAAUUAAAACAUAAUUUAGGUUUACCCUGGGUUGGUCUUAUUGCAUAUAAUUUUAUUUUUGAUGUUUUUCAAGUUUUCUUUGUUCAUUAAAAUACUACAUUACUACCAUAA